AUGUCACAAUCCCAGAUCUCAGUCUCUGAGAUAUCAUUACACAACAAAGACACGGAUUGUUGGAUCGUCGUCGAUGGCCAGGUAUGGGACAUCACAAAGUUCGCACCGGAUCAUCCAGGGGGCCCUGGCAUAAUAUACAAGUUCGCCGGCAAGGAUGCCACACAGGUAUAUAACGGAGUGCACGCGCCUUCAAUACUGAAGACCAACCUCCCAAAAGACGCCCUGAAGGGCACACUCGAUCGAUCGACAGUGACAAAAGAAUGGGCGGCGCCUUUACCAGAGGAAACGCCCAAGUCUGCACCUGCAUCAUCAAUAGAGAAGCCACCGUUGGACUCGAUCAUCAGUGCGCACGACUUCGAACUCGCCGCCCAGCACAGUGCGACCGCGAAGACAUGGGCGUUCUACAGCUCGGCGUGCAACGAUCUGAUCACGAAAGACCUCAACGCAAUGUUGUUCAGCCGUGUGCUGUUCCGGCCACGGGUGAUGCGCAGGGUGGACCAGAUCAGCACACGGACGACCAUCCUCGGGCACGAUGUGUCCUUCCCAUUGAUGAUCUCCCCAGCGGCAAUGGCUCGUUUGAUUCACCCAGACGGCGAGCUUGCCAUCGCACGCGCCACUAAAUCGCAAUCCAUCCUGCAAUGCAUAUCGAACAAUGCGUCCUACUCAGUAAGCGAAAUCGUCUCCCAGCCCUCAGUCUCAGAAUAUCCCUUCGUCUUCCAACUCUAUGUCGACCGCCAAAGGCACAAAUCCGAGGCUCUCCUACGCAAGAUCACUUCCCAUCAAAACGUGACGGGGAUCUUCGUGACGACGGACGCCGCGGCCGCUGGGAAGCGCGAGGCGGACGAGCGCGUGAAGGCGGACGAGACGAUCAGAAAUCCCAUGAUGACGUCGAGCGCGACGAAUGACAAGAAAGGCGGUGGCUACGGUCGUCUGAUGGGCAGCUUCAUCGACCCGAACCUCAACUGGUCGGACAUCAUUUGGCUGAGGUCGCAGACGACCUUGCCGCUGAUUCUAAAGGGAAUCAUGUCCGCUGACGAUGUGCGGCUUGCUCUAGAGCACGGCCUCGACGGAGUUGUCCUGUCGAACCACGGCGGCCGGAAUCUCGACACCAGCCCGCCUGCACUACUGGUCCUGUUGGAGAUCCACGCCCGCUUCCCUGAAAUCAUCACCCAGCAUCAUCCACACUCCACUGCCGUUCGGCAAAGGCGGACACGGCCAUUCUCGAUCUUUGUGGAUGGCGGAGUACGGCGAGGCACCGACAUUCUCAAGCUGGUAUGUUUGGGUGCCGUGGCGGCGGGGAUUGGACGGCCGGCGCUGUUCGCGACCAGCUACGGCCAAGAAGGUGUGGAGCAUUUGAUUGAGAUCUUCAAGGAUGAAUUUGAGACUGGGAUGCGCAAUAUAGGUGUCACGAGCAUCGAGCAGUGUUCUCCUGAAUAUGUCAAUUCCGGCGCUAUUGAUAAGUGGGUAAAUAAGCGGAGGGAGCAUCCGUAUGCUCUUUCUUGGGUGUUGAGUGGUGGGCAGGUUGAGAGGGAGAAUAAAUUGUAG